ACUCCAAUGUUGUCGAGACAGUCAUUAGUCCUUUGCAGAUUCCUUUAGGCUGCAUUCCUGAAUCAUCUUUUAUAACCAGUUCCACGAGAAACCGGAACAACAUCUUUUAAAAAGACGUGGAUAAAGUACAUUUGCAUUUGGUCGUUCUCAGCUGUUCGUAGGGAUGCAGAACCUGCCUAACAAACGGCUUUAGAGCACACAAGAAAGUCGAGCAGUUCGAAAGUGUAUAACAUUUACAUCCACCCCGCGGAUCAGCGUAUUGUAUAUUCUUGCACUUGUUCGAAAUGCAUCCAUGGACUGUUUGAUGAUUAAAAUUCAAAAUUUCUGACGACCAUAGCGAACGUGGGCACUUGACCUUUAAAAAUAGCUUGCCUGAGUAUGAAAUGCUUGCUCGUUCAGUCCAAGUGGCGGGCUUGGCGUCGGUGGGAUGACCGAGGCCUACACGUACAGAUAGAAUGAGACGGGAAGCGGUGCGGGUGGACUUUGUGGAUGGAUUGACAAGAUAACCAUGGAAAUCACAUUCCAAGACUACUUCUCCAUCGCCCUUGGUUGUGCCGCCGGGGUGCUGGUGCUUCUCACGAUUGUCACCCUCUUUGCGUGGUCCUGUCGCAAGAAGGGGAGAAAGGAGGCCAGGGAGGAGUUCCCACUCCAUGCGAUGGACAUGCCCGGCUACCAAGGUCUCAUGACGUCACACUCUUGGCAGGGUGGUGAGCCACAGCCAAUGACGCACGUCCCUCCGCUACAAGUCGGGCUUGAUCGGCCCUCCCAUGGGUAUCACUGCCAGCCUGAGGACACUCGAGGCCCGCCGAUCAUGCCUCCAAGCGAACACAGAUCACCACAGCAACCUCGCGAAGGAAGGGAACGACAGGGCUCAAAUGGAAGACCAAGACAAGCUGGGGACGAUGACAAACAAAGAGGCAGGCGACCGAGAUCCCGCGAGAGGAGGACGAGACCUCAUGAGGAACCAGAUAUCGUUCUGGCGAGCAGGGCGAAGUCCCUGGAAAGACCUUCGAGUCUGUUUCGACCAAUUAAUGACCGGAACAACCGUCGCCUGCCUGACCCUCCGACUGCUCCGAGCGGUGGCGCUCCUGCUGGUCACGACAUGCGGCGGGCAUUUUCUGAUAGGACGCUGGAUGACCCCUCUGGUUACCGUGGUAACGAGACGCCUGUUAGCUGGCAGGAGAGGUUUAUGGCGUGGAAAGUCAGUCAGCAGCAACUAGGGCCCCCCGGCCCGCCUCCUCUCGAUCCACGCGACUCGAGAAGACGAGGGCAGCGUCUGCCAGAAUAUCUCGCAGGAUUACCUGCAGACGAUGAGAGAAGGCUGAACGCGAUCUCGUGAAGUUUGGUCCGGAUUACCGUGACACAGGCAAGGCCGUUGAAAUGAUGUGAUGGGCCAACACAAGGACAGUUAUUAGUUUCUGUAAUCACGAUGUUCUUGUACAUGUAUUUCGCUUUUUACAUACGAGUUGUUUAUAUAAUUGUGAUGACGACAUCAGCUUCACAAAGACUCACAAACUCUUGAUAAAUCCAUGUUCAGGCACGGACCGAGUGCACUGCGUUGGCGGCCAAUGGCAUGAAAUCACGUUGACUUGACGUCAUCACGUUACCUCCUCUGGUGAUGUAGAAAGGGCGGUCGGCCACCUCUGACGCACAGGCGAUAAAUACUUGUGCCAGUAUCAAUGACAUCCAUCAGCGGACCCCGAGAACAGUUAUGAACAUGUGUGAUAGCCAAUAGGCCGUCAUACUUACAUAAACUUUACUCUUGGCAGCUCUUUUACGAUUGCUUUUAGAUAAGUGCAUUGGUUUCGAAUCCACCAAAUCCAAAUCUAAUAAAUUCAUCAAAUAACUUUA